AUGAAGGAUUUCUGGGAUAGGGACGUUCACGCAGAGGUGGCCAGUGUCGUUUCUGGCUUAAUGAACGAAUCCACAGCGGAAGCGUUUGCGUGGAUUGAGGCGCACAGUGCCAAACUCCGCAAACUCCAUAGUGUACUUGAGACGGAAGUGCAGAUACAGAACGCCAUUUACAUCCUGAAGCACAAAAGCUCUCGAGAAGCCGUGAAGUAUCUGAAGGACAAAAUUAAGCCUGGCGACUUGGAGCGCUCUCCGGAUAUUCGACGAGUCUUGGCUCUAGCUGCUAUGCUGGAGUAUCCUCCGCCUGAAUACGAGUACCUGCUUGGGGACGGCAGGAAGCUGGAGCUGGUGGCUCUAUUCUUGCGCACCAGUGCCGCCGUUCUAGGGAUGUCGCGAGUGCCCCUGUUGGCUCCCCUUGUCUUUUCGGGUUUGUGCGUUGUCAAAUCUGGAUCGUGUGGGGAGAACGCUUCGACAAGGCAAGUCUGCAGAACGACGACUGCUUGCGUUCGUUUCAGCUGCCCCGCCUGCCUCCCCGAGCUCUCUAAGGCCGUGGAAAGUCUCCCAAUGCCUCACAGAAUGAGAAGCAACGUCAUUUGCUCAGUCACUGGAGAGCCAAUGGAUGAAGAUAAUCCUCCAAUGGCAAGUCCUGAUGGGUAUUUGAUUUCUAAGAAGGGACUUGUGCAGCUGACGGAGAGGUCAGAAAACGGUUUGGUUGUCUGCCCUAAAACCAACAAUGCCUACCCCCCCACAACGUUCGUUAGGGUGUUUAUAUAA